AUGACUCGAAUAUCUCAUUUUUUCGUGUAUAUAAUAUGUAUAUCAAUAUCGUUAAUAAAUGCUGAAACAAUACCACGAUUUGAUAUGCGAGAUAAAGAUGGAAUUAUAUUUGAUCCAAUAGCACCACGUGCUGGUGAAAGAUUGGUUGCAACAUGUACAUUAGUUGGUUUGACACCUAAUGAUAAACGUCAUAAAGUUUUUCAAGAUUUUAAUUAA